AUGGACGUCGCUCAGCCUGGUGGUGCUGAGCCUGGGGGUGCAGAGCCUGGGGGUGCUGGGUCUGCUCGUGUGGCCUCUGGAGGUGCUUCGUUGAGGCGGGAGAUCCCCUCUCCGCAGGAGCUGCGCGAGUGGUUUGCCCGGCGCUGGAGCCGUGCUGCUGGAGCUGGAGGUGCUACGGUUGCUGCUGACCCUGGGGUCGGCACUGGAGCUACUGGAGCCACUGGUCCUGGAGGUGCUCGUACUGGCGGUACUGGAGCUGCUGAGACUGGGGGUGCUGCUGGGGCUGCUGGAGUUGGUCCUGCUGGAGGUACUGCGGGAGCUGCUGGCGGUAUUGGAGCUGGCGGUCCUACUGGAGUUGGUGCUGCUGGUACUGCUGGAGCUGCUGGAGCUGGAGCAGCUGGGGGUGUUGGCGCUGGAGGUGCUGCUGGCGCUGGUGCGUCUGAGGGUGCUGGAGUUGGCGCUGUUGGAGCUGGAGGUGCUGCUGGCGCUGGUGCUGCCGCUGGGGGUACUGGUACUGUCCCUGCUGGUUCUGGAGGCGCUGCACGGCCGCGGCCGUACUUCGUUCCGCUCCUUACUGGUCCUGCUCCUCCCUUAGAGUGUCCACAGCCUGUCUGGUCGCGGUCACAGUUACAGCCCGCCUCCCCCCUACCUGCUCCUUCUCCCUACACUGGUCCUACUGGAGGUCUUGCUGAGCGUCGUGAGCCUGCGUCUCGUCCUGCGUCGCCUGUUCGUGCUGCUCGCACUAGUAGUCGUGCUCCGCGUCCGCGUCCUCCUGCGGUCCCAGGCACACACCGGAUGGCACUGUGUCCUUCCACUGCUCCUCUGCGUGUUCCGUUGCCGUCUCCUCCAGAGUCGUCUCUUCCUGUCCUUGCUGACCCGGAGUCUGACUCUCGUCGUGCUGCCAGUCCUACUGUCACGCGUCUCCUGGCUACUGUUGUCACUGACCCUUCCUUUGAGUCCACUGCUGCGUCAGCCUUAGUUGCUGAGCUUGUCGACUUUGCUGCUCGCUGUCGUCUAGACUACGCUGCUAGUCUCUUGAAGGUGUUUCCAGUUCUAUGGAUUAAUCACUUCCUGGUGACCGUUCAUUGGAUUAUGUUUGCAGCUUUCAUUCGUGAUUGUUGA